UUCCGGGUUCCGGGGGAAGUGUGUUACGGGGACACUGGCCCGGCUACUUUCGUUCCGUCCUCCAUCGUUUUCUCCCGUGCAAUGGCGUCCGGGCUGGUAAGAUUGCUGCAGCAGGGGCCUCGCUGCCUCCUGGCCCCAGUCGCCCCCAAGCUGGUCCCUCCGGUUCGGGGAGUGAAGAAGGGAUUCCGCGCCGCCUUCCGCUUCCAGAAGGAGUUAGAGCGGCGGCGCCUUCUGCGGUGCCCGCCGCCGCCCGUGCGCCGUUCAGAGAAGCCGAACUGGGAUUACCAUGCAGAAAUACAAGCUUUUGGACAUCGGUUACAAGAAAGCUUUUCCUUAGAUCUUCUCAAAACUGCAUUUGUUAAUAGCUGCUAUAUUAAAAGUGAGGAGGCCAAACGCCAACAACUUGGGAUAGAGAAAGAAGCUGUUCUUCUGAAUCUUAAAAGUAAUCAAGAACUAUCCGAACAAGGGACAUCUUUUUCACAGACUUGCCUCACACAAUUCCUUGAAGACGAGUACCCAGACCUGCCCACUGAAGGCAUCAAAAAUCUUACUGACUUUCUCACUGGUGAGGAAGUCGUGUGUCACGUGGCUAGAAACUUGGCUGUGGAGCAGUUAACACUGAGUGAGGAAUUCCCAGUGCCCCCGACUGUAUUACAGCAGACUUUCUUUGCAGUUAUUGGAGCCCUGUUACAGAGCAGUGGACCCGAGAGGACUGCACUUUUCAUCAGGGACUUCUUAAUUACUCAAAUGACUGGAAAAGAGCUCUUUGAGAUGUGGAAGAUAAUAAAUCCCAUGGGGCUAUUGGUAGAAGAACUGAAGAAAAGGAAUAUUUCAGCUCCUGAAUCAAGACUUACUAGGCAGUCUGGUGGCACCACAGCUUUGCCUUUGUAUUUUGUUGGCUUAUACUGUGAUAAAAAGUUGAUUGCAGAAGGACCUGGGGAAACAGUAUUGGUUGCAGAAGAAGAGGCUGCUCGAGUGGCCCUUAGAAAACUUUAUGGAUUCACAGAAAAUAGACGGCCUUGGAACUAUUCCAAGCCCACAGAAACCUUGAAAGCAGAAAAGAGCAUCACUGCCAGCCAGCCAGCCAUGGAUGCAGCAGCCUGAAACUUGACAGCAAAAAGUUAACUUCAACUCCUAGUAAUGGAACACAAAGAUAGAGGACCAAAACCAGUGGUAAAAUGCCAUUUAUGUGUGUUACUCACAAGUAAACAUGAUUUGAUAAGCAUCUCAUUGGCACUGUAGGAGAAAAGAGAUUAUACGACGAACUUUUCUGGAAAGCAAGACAUGUCUUCUGACCACUUAUCCAGCAUCUGUGAGAUGGCAGAAUCUAGCUGUGGUAUGAUUCUAAUUUUUUUUUAAGGUAAACAUUAAGAAAGUCUAGGGAAUUCAUUUGCAAACCCAGUAAUCCUUCCUGCCCCCUGCCCCCAAAUAGUGCUGAUUGUGCAUUCCCAAAUUUCUCCUGCUCAGGGGAGUUUGCAGGACCUUAACCUACAAGCUUGGAGGGGAACUAUCCUUUUAGGUUUUCAAGCUUUUAAACCUUGAAUGCUUCCAAAUUUACAUGUGGGACAAGUCUAGCUCUAGUUCAUAAAACUACUUUGCAAGUAGAGAUCCAUAUGCCUUAUGUAGAAUGUAAUUUCAACAUAUUUCUAAGUAAAGCCUUCUUUGAACUUAAAUUGUUGUACUUUUUUAAAGCACCCACUAAAAUAGGGUAGAAAUGUAGGAAAUUUAGAAAAAUUGACAUACAUUUUCAAUUGCAUAUCAAAUAUAGCUUGAAAUUUGGAACCAGUCUCUGAGUAGCUAUUUGUCCUAUGAGCCUAACUGCAUAAGUAUGAUAUAUGGGCAGAAGGAACGUGGGUACAAGGAUGUCAUCAAAUGGUGCAUGUGACCAAGAGCAUUCAGUGACCAUGUGAAGGACUAGCUCUUUGACUAAUGCCUCGUCCAUGUUGAUAAGAUAGUCAUAAGACUGGAAGGAAGCACUGACAUUUGAAUUUAGGUUCACACCAGAGAAAGACAUUAGUCAUUUACUUUGAAAUUCUGACUUUUUCCACCUUUUCCCACUCUCCAGUUCCCUGUGCCCAAAGCAUAAUUGUACCAAAAAAUCCCCUAGCCAAAAAUGUAACAUUAAUGUCUACAGACUUACAUAACCCCUAUUCUUUUAAAUGCAUACUUUUAUUAUAUGCAUAUGUAUAAUGAGGAAUUUUUUUUCUCACAAUGUUGUAUGUGGUCACAAGAAAGUAAACUAGAAACUAAUACUAAACUCCAAGUAAGAACGGAGCAAAUUGGAGCUUUUUGUGUUCAGCGCUGUACUGAUUUUGGCCACAAGAUGGUGCUGUAAUCCUAUUGCACAAUUUAGUAUGUGAAUUGUGCCAUUAUGGGGAAUCUACUUUCUACUGAUAACAGGAAAGAUUAUGUCUAUAUGGCACAGGAUUACCAUGAAAUAUGACUUUUCAAGGCCCCAUUCAGCUCUAAUAUUCCAUGAAUACUUCUUCAGGAGCCAGCUCCCCUUGUUCUUCCCUCGCCUUUGGAUAAGAAUUUGAUGUAUGAACAAUUCACCUCUGAUGUGAAGGUAUGGAUUUUUGAGCUCUUUUCUAUUCCCUGGAAAGAAGGAAGAGUGCAGGGCUGCCAUAGAUAAAACUUUUAAAAGACUUUUUUGCAGGCCUCUUCUUGGUGUGUCUUCCUACUUCCUUUUGUUGAUAGGAGAAGAUGCACUGUGGAGGCAAGGGAAUCCUGUGUCCAUCGAGACAGUUCCUGAAGCCAGACGUAGACAGUCUUCCCAUCAGGGCGGCCAGCUCACAGCCUCCCUAGCAGAGGGCUGUGCACUGAGGAUGCUCAGCUGCUGGCAUGCUGCCCAAGUUCUCCAUCCUAAGCCCACUUUGUUUUUCUUCCCCUCAGUUCUUCCCUGUUCCAUCUCCCCCAGCCUUAGUUUGCAAAGUCCCUCAACUGUUGUCCUCUGGGACCUAGAGGCUCUUAACUUUGGUUGGGUAUCAAAGCACUUACUUGAAAGCCAUGGCUGUCUCUGUAUAAUACCAAGAACGAUUGCUAGAUCUAAUCCCAUCAUGCAAAGCAAUAACAAUUUUUUCCUGGAACUUAUGCAAUCAAAAAUCACAAUUACACGCGCUCUUGAAAAAAGCUGUUUUGGCAUUGGUGGUCUUUGUGCUUUCCAUGACUAUUUAUUUGUUGUUCGUUUAUCUGCCUGCCUAUUAGUGUUUACUAACUACAGAAGACUAAUGGUUUAAGAAAACUUUCUGGGAGAAAAACAAUUGGGGAAAUUAAAAACAUUAACUUACUCCUUCUUCAAUUGAGGAAGAACUACAGUAUUUGAUUAUUCAGAGGAGUUCAAGGAGUAUCUUUUCACCUGAGCUGUUGUGUAUUAAAAUUGCAAAUGAAGGCGUGGCACCGAGACUUAUGCUUGUAAUCUCAGCACUUUGGGAGGCCAAGGGAAGAGGAUUGCUUGAGCUCAGGAGACCAGCUGUGAAGCAUAGCAAGACCCUGUCCCUAUUUUGUUUUUCAAAUUUCCAAUGAACUCAGUUUGUUCUAUUCUGAU